UCGGCUCCAACAUUUUCACAAAGAAUCACCAGAUCCAAAAUGCUAUCUUUAGAAGAACUGAAUAGAGAGAAUAUUGAAGGAAAGCAAGAAAAUCCAGAAUCUGAUGAACAAGAAAUCUUGGCUUCCUUUGAUUUUCUUACUGAGAUUCUCUCAAGGCUUCCAGUGAAAUCUCUCUUGAGAUUCAAGUCUGUUUCAAAAUCUUGGUUUUCUUUGAUUUGUAGCCCUGAGUUUAUCAAAUCCCAUCUAAGUUUAUCAGCUAAAAAUAACAACACGGACUACACCAAUUAUAGGGUUAUGUUGAGGAUUGCCCAACCUGAAUUCAAUCUUAAGGAUUGUUCCCUUAAGUCUUUACUUCACGAUGAGUCUGUUAUUGAGGAGUCUGACUUGGAUUAUCCCAUGAAAGACUCCUCUAUAUCUUUUUUGAUUGAGGGUUCUGUCAAUGGACUGAUAUGUCUUGUAAGGGGGGCAGAAGAAUUGGUUCUAUGGAACCCGUCAAUUAAAACAUACAAGAAAUUGCCUGUUUUGAGAUCUAAAAUGAGGGAUUCUUACCGUUCCACAUAUGGUUUUGGGUAUGACGAGAUUCAUGAUGAUUAUAAGGUAGUGUGUAUUAUUAGUCGUUUGCAUGAUUUUAAAGAGGUCAAUAUGUAUAGCCUAAAGAAUAAUUCUUGGCAAAAAAUUGAUUGUCCUCGGAAUGGAGCACGAUUAAUUAACUCGGGUGAGUUUGUGAAUGGAAGGCUUCAUUGGGCUGCUACUGCUGAUCUUGGUUUGGAAAGAGGUUGGAGCAUAACCUCUUUUGAUUUGGCUAAUGAGAAAUGGAGAAAGGUGGAGCGCCCCUGCUAUAGAGAAGAAAGGGAUGGUGUUCUCGUGUUGGGAGCAUUGGGAAGUAAUGUUUCAAUGAUUUGUAAUAAUUCGACUAUUCAAGUAGAUGUGUGGAUUAUGAACGAGUAUGGGGUUAAAGAAUCCUGGACAAAAAUGUUUACCAUCAAUUAUACUAUUAGAACCCUCGUGGAUUAUUUAUUCUCUCAAUUCUUUUGUCUGUCAAAAAGAGGUGAAUUUUUGCUUAGGUUGGAAUCAGUUUUCCUGAUAUGCAAUCCAAAGGAUAACUCGAUCAGAUUUCCAGAGUAUGCAGAAUUUAGUGAUGGUCUUUUGGCGGAAAUCUACAUAGAAAGUCUAGUUUGUCCCCUUUCACAAAAUGAACCAAGGACACAACAGCUCAGAUGAAUGCA